AAAUUACCACAAGUACGUACACAACCCUCACCAGUCGAGCCGCAUUGAACAGAACACCAUCUUCCACGACCAAAUCGUCUCUAAUCUCUCUUUACUUCGUAUAUUCACACAGUGCUGGCUCUAGUGAGAAGUUGCCGACCGUCAUCUCCAAAUCGCCAUGACCGACGACGCCGCUGGCAUCGAGAAGCUCUAUGAGUACGGCGAGCGUCUCAGCGAGGCCAAAGACAAGUCUCAGCAUGUGGAGGACUACCGGAGUAUCAUUAAGGCGGCCGGCAGCGACAGCAUCAAGGCGAUGCAAUUAGCUGCCCAGCUCAUUCCCAGAUUCUUUAAGUUCUUCCCUGAACUCUCGGACUCGGCUGUCGAUUCGCAUAUCGAUUUGUGCGAGGCAGAAGAGCUUGGGGUUAGGGUGCAGGCAAUUCGUGGUCUUCCUCUUUUUUGCAAGGAUACACCAGAGCACCUUUCUAAAAUCAUAGACAUUCUCGCACAACUCCUUACAGCUGAAGAAAAUGUGGAGCGUGAUGCAGUGCACAAAGCCCUGUUGUCGUUAUUGAGGCAGGAUGUGAAAGCGUCUUUGACUGCCUUAUUUAAGCACAUUGAGAGUGUUGAUGAGCCAAACACAGAUGAAAAUUUGCGUGAAAAUCUUCGUGAGCGGACUCUAUGUUUUGUCAGAGAUAAGGUUUUUCCUCUAAAAGCUGAGCUAUUGAAACCUCAGGAGCAAAUGGAGAGGCAUAUUACUGAUUUGAUAAAGAAGAGUUUGCAAGACGUGACGGGAGCCGAAUUUAAAAUGUUCAUAGAUUUCUUAAAAAGUUUGAGCUUAUUUGGAGAGAAAGCUCCUCCAGAGCGUGUGCAAGAACUCGUUGAAAUUAUUGAAGGGCAAGCUGAUCUAGAUGCACAGUUCAAUGUUUCAGAUGGUGACCACAUCGAUCGAUUGAUAUCCUGCCUAUUCAUGGCUCUUCCUUUUUUUGUGCGGGGCGCAUCGCCUAGCAAGUUUCUCAAUUAUUUGAACAAGCACAUUUUGCCUGUUUUUGAUGAGCUUCCAGAAGAACGCAAAGUUGACUUGCUCAAAAACCUUGCAGAAAGCUCACCUUACACGACUCCACAGGAUUCACGUCAGAUUCUUCCCUCUGUUGUUCAGCUCUUAAAGAAAUACAUGCCUCGGAGAAAAUCUGGAGAAGAAACUAACUUUACUUAUGUGGAGUGCUUGCUGUACACUUUUCACCAUUUAGCAAGCAAGGCUCCAAAUGCCACUAAUAGUUUAUGUGGGUACAAGAUAGUGACUGGCCAACCAUCAGAUAGGCUUGGGGAAGACUUCUCAGAGUUUAACAAAGAUUUCACUGAAAGGUUAAGUAGCGUUGAAGAGCUAGCUAGGGCUACUAUCAAGAAAUUAACUCAGGGUAUGGCUGAGCACAACAAAGCAAUGGCUUCUGCUAAAUCUGAUGAAGCAAAAGCUAGCAUUAAAGCUCAAAAACAGAAUACCACCACUGGACUGCGAACCUGCAAUAACAUUUUGGCAAUGACCCAGCCUUUGCAUUCAAAAUCACCUUCAUUCAUUGGUGAUAAGAGAAUCAACCUUUCUUGGAAAGAAAUACCGAAAGUCUUGCCACCUUCAGCCACUACUGCAGCUGGAGGGAAACGUCCUGCAAAUCCUGCUAAUGGUUCAAACGACAAUGCAUCAAAAAAGGGUCGUGGAGCAGGUGGUUCACAGAAUCAGCUUGUUAACAGGGCAUUUGAAGGUGCAUCAUAUGGAGGAAGAAGUGGUAUGAGAGGCAGAGGCCGGGGUUGGGGUGGGCGUGGUAGAGGAAGAGGCUACCGGUAAGCUUUGGUUCAAAUCCAGAUUGACAAAAGGUGGUAGAGCAAGAGGCUACCGGUAAGCUUUCGUUCAAAUCCAGAUUGACAAAAGGUGAGGAUUUGUAUGAGUUUUUAACCAGAAGGAUACGAGCAAAGAAUAGUGGGAUAAAUUGAUUAUUAGUAUGUCUUGUGUACUUUUAACAAAUUUUGAUACAGUUGGCAGAUUUUUUUUGGAUUAUGGAGCAAGAAUUUCUUC